CGAAUUUAGCAAACUCAGACAAACUUUAGUAAACAACAGAUCAGAUACGAAAACUUCGCAUGUGCUCACGUACGCAUGCGCAGUACGAUAAUAACCUUUAACCUGGCAGUUCAAACCCAGCGAGGGAACCACAGGUAUCAUGCCUAUCUGUGUGGUCAUUGACCCUGGGACUCCGGUUCCCUCUCACCUCCAGAGGGUUCCCAUUCCACACCUGAGCCUCUCCUCUUCUGGUUCAGACACGUUUGUGAAGGCAAAAGUUGUUAAGAAAUUCCCUUUGGUGUCCACAGAGAGUGACUACAUUCUGAAGACUGUGAUUCAAGAGUAUGAGGAUCAGCAGAGCCUGCCUUCGGGAUUCACGUCGAUCAACGCCAUCCUGUUUGGACCUCUGGCCAGAGACUUCUCGCAGACGGUCGCCGAAGGGGACCUGCUGGUCAUGACAGGGUUCACAGUGGACAGGUCUCCCACCGUUAAAAAAGACGGAUUGCACCCUUGCAACCUGCAGCUGGCUGGCAGGGACGUCCACAUUUAUGUUUACCCUGCCUCCACCCUGGGUCCCCACCCAUCCGCCGUCUCAACCCCUCCACCCAUCACAGAGGCCGCGAAGCCCAAGUACACUUACGCGGCGCUGAAGGACCUGAAGGCCGGGAUGGUCGUCAACCUCUACGGCGUGGUGACCUUCUUCAAGCAGCCGUUCCGCACCAAGGGAACCGACUACUGCUUCACGCUGAAGAUAACGGACCAAUCGGACGCAAAGCUGGGCUGUUCCAUAUUCUGCGAGAAGCUGGAAGACCUCCCCCAGAUCUACAAGAUUGGCGACAUCAUCCGCCUCCACAGAGUCAAGAUGCAGCCCUUCAACGGGGCGGUGAACGCCAUCAACACGCUGGGCUUCUCCGUCCUGGCCUUCGACGGCUCCGUGGGCAGCCCCGUCGCCCCGCGCACGUCCAGCAGGUCCUUCCACUUCGGCGACGAGGACCGGCGGACGGUGGAGAGGCUGCGGGCCUGGGCCGCCCGCCGGUCGGCCCUCCCGCCCAAGUCCGCCGCCCCGCUGUCCUCGGUCCGUCCCAAGAUGUUCUUCGACUUCACCUGCCAGCUGCUGGCCAAGGCCCAGAUCGACUCCUGCUGCACCCUCCUGAAGGUUUGGGAUGGGACCGUAUGUGCUGACCCGUUGCUGAGCGUGCCUGUGGACUCAGGCGCCCUGGAGGGAAGCUUAGCCGUCACCCGGGGGAGGCGCAACCUGGUGGCCGACGUGCUCGUUUUCGACGAUCACGUGGAGGUGGCCCGGGGGUUAAAGCCUGGCUCCUACCUUCGCAUCUACAACCUUCACGCUGUACCACAGAGUGCAGAGAUGCCACCUGGGGACGGGGAGGGUGGAGCGAGCGAGGCAGGUGGGGCGAGCGAGGAGGGCGGGGCGGGCGGGGCGGGCGGGGGAGCCCCCCUGGCGUUCCACCUGCACUGUGGCACGGCGUACGGCCGGGGGAUCCGGGUCCUGCCCGAGGACAGUCCCGACCUGCAGGAGCUCAAGAGGAGACUGGAGUCAAUGGAAAAUGAUGUGAGUGAUUCCUCAUUAAUUGAGUGGUGCACCCCUCCAGAGUCCCUGGAUGCUGAACCAGAGAACUGUCUAACAGUGCGGACAUGUGACCACGAGCUGGAGUGUGUGACACUGGCCUGUGUGAAGAACAGCCCGCCUCCUCGAGUGUUCCAUGUGCGGGCGAGGCUGCGGUCCUACCAGCCUGAGAGGCUCUGCCAGGCCCUGAAGCUCCACUGCCCCAAGUGCAGAGCGCUACAGGACGUCCCAGAUGAGGAGACCAUAGCGAGCGUGUUUCAGGAGGCUUUGAGCGAGGCGGGGUGCUGCAGUGAGCCCUGGGCCUUCACGGGGCACCUGGACACCUCCGACCCGGGACGAAGGAUCAGCGUGCGCUGGUGCAGGGGCAUGGAGAGGGGGCCCAAUCGGCUGGUCUUCGUGGAGGGGGCCACCUUCCAGGAGAUGUGUCAGAUGUUGGAGGAGCAGACGAGCAUGGUGCCUGUGAGGUCAUCGGACGGGAGAAUGACACUGCUGGACCUCUCCGCCCCCUUCCUUUUCCAAGGCCCAAAGCGAAACUAUGGCUGCAGGCGGUGCUCCCAGCUGAAGCACGUGGAGCUGAACCCGCAAGAAAAGACGGAGGAGAUCGAGGGAAUCGCGGAGGUGCUGGGUGUGCAGCCCUUGCAGUACGUGUUCCUGUUGAAGCUGGCUCUGGAGGAUGACAGCGGCCGCCUGGACGCUCUGCUCUGGAAUGGCUCUGUGAGGACAGAGGAGAGCUUCUUCUGCGUUCCUGCCAGCGACGCUGAAGCCAGCCAGGAGCUCCAGGACUGGAUACGGAAGACGCUGGACAAAUUGUGCCCACCAGGGGGCCGUCUGGAAGAGCACCCUUGGCUGGACCUGUGCCUGAGGUCGUACACCGUGGAGGAGGACGGUCAUCACACGGUCUGUUACCAGAUAUGCGACACGGUGGUCAAGAGGGCUGACGUCUGACCGCGGUCACCGGUCAUAAAUCUCCCGCUGUUGCCUGUCAGGUAUUUACCUGACCCCUACUCUCCCUUCUGUGGGAGAAUUCGGGACGGCGUGUGAAUGUGAAGUGGAGAGGACUUGUUAGACCGACAGUGCGUCUUAAUGCUUUCUGUACCAGGCCAGCUAUACAAACAGACAUGUCGAUUCAUCACGACUGUGUGUGCAUGUGGAGGUGUAAUGGAUAGAACUGACAAUAAAAUAUUAUUUUUUCGUAUCAACUUUA